CAUUUCAUGAGUUAAUAAGAUUAGGGGGGAGUUGAAUAGUAGGAAAGGGAAGAAAGAAGUAAUAAGGUCGUUGGGCUGACCCCUUCCACCCCCAUUGGCUUCAUCUUACGUUUCCUCUCCUCUCCUUCCCUUCACGUCUCCGUUUUUCAUAUCAUAUUCCCCUUCACUCAGAAUAUGACGUGAAUCACCACUCUCUACCAUUCAACCAAUUAACUCCUCUACCUCCUCCUCUUGCUCGUGUUCUUCGGCUUCUGACUUCCCGGUUUGAUGGAGUCAUCCUUUCGGACAGCUGGAGUUAAGCUCCCAUUAGCUCUGCUGCUUCCGUUGCUGUUAGCUGUGGUCGGCACCGUUUAUGGGCAUUUCAUAGUGGAGAAGAGCAGCUUAAAGAUCCUGUCUCCGAUCAGCCUCCGCGCGAGGCACGAUGCUGCCAUCGGAAACUUUGGAGUUCCCGAGUACGGGGGGCUUAUGGUGGGCUCCCUUGUUUUCCCUGCAAAGGAGUCUACCGGGUGCCAGCCCUUCGACGGCAAUAAGCCCUUCAAGUCUAAGACGUCUCGCCCUCAUAUUCUUCUCGUUGACCGUGGAGGAUGCUACUUUGCGAAGAAGGUAUGGCAUGGCCAACAGGCAGGGGCUGCGGCAGUGCUAGUGGCUGAUAUCGUGGAGGAGCCCCUGAUCACCAUGGACUCUCCGGAGGAGAGCAGUGAUGCAGACGGCUACAUUGAAAAGAUCGAGAUCCCAUCGGCUCUGAUCGAGAAAUCAGUUGGUCAAACCCUGAAGGAUGCCUUAGAGAAAGGUGGGGGGGAGGUUGUUACAGAACUAGACUGGCGGGAAUCGAUGCCCCACCCUGAUGAGCGGGUUGAGUACGAGCUCUGGACCAACAGCAACGACGAGUGUGGGACCCGCUGCACUGAGCAGAUGAACUUCGUGAAGAACUUCAAGGGCCAUGCUCAGAUCCUCGAGAGGGGAGGGUAUACUCUUUUUACGCCUCACUAUAUCACGUGGUACUGUCCGGAGGCAUUUAUACUCACCAGCCAAUGCAAGUCUCAAUGCAUAAACCGGGGGAGGUACUGUGCCCCAGAUCCUGAGCAGGAUUUUGGGGAAGGCUACGAGGGGAAGGAUGUCGUGUUCGAGAAUCUGAGGCAGCUCUGUGUUCACCGGGUUGCUAAUGAGAGUAACCGAUCAAGGGUGUGGUGGGAUUACGUGACAGAUUUUCAUAUCAGGUGCUCGAUGAAGGAGAAGAGGUACAGCAAGGAUUGUGCUGAGGACGUCAUGAGAUCGCUCGAUUUGCCCAUUGAGAAGAUUAAAAAGUGUAUGGGCGAUCCGGAAGCUGACACGGAGAAUGAAGUCCUGAAAGCCGAGCAGGAGCUCCAGGUUGGUCGGGGAUCUCGUGGUGAUGUUACCAUUUUGCCAACACUGGUCAUCAAUAAUGUUCAGUAUCGAGGUAAAUUGGAGAGAACUGCAGUCUUGAAGGCCAUAUGCGCCGGAUUUAAAGAGACUACCGAGCCUGCGGUUUGUUUAAGUGGAGAUCUCGAGACUAACGAGUGCUGCGAGAGGAAUGGUGGAUGUUGGGGGGACGUUAAAUCCAAUGUCACUGCUUGCAAGGACACAUUUAGAGGAAGGGUAUGUGAGUGCCCUGUCGUGGAUGGCAUCCAAUACCGAGGAGACGGAUACACAUCUUGUGAAGCUGUUGGACCGGGUCGGUGUGCAAUUAACAAUGGUGGUUGCUGGUUAGAGACCCUUAGUGGAAGGACCUUCUCGGCAUGCUCAGAGUCCCUCAUAUCCGGAUGCCGCUGUCCUCCAGGUUUUAGUGGUAAUGGUCACAAAUGCGAAGACAUUGACGAAUGCAAGGAGCAUUUGGCUUGUCAAUGCGAUGGCUGUUCAUGUAAGAAUACGUGGGGUGGAUACGACUGCAAGUGCACAGGAAGCAAAAUAUACAUAGCACAACAUGAUACUUGCAUUGAGCGAAGCGGAACUAAAUUCGGGUGGUUCCUUGCGUUUGUGGUCCUGGCAGCUAUUGCCGGCGUUGGCAUGGGUGGUUACAUUUUCUACAAAUACCGACUCCGGUCUUACAUGGACUCAGAGAUCAUGGCAAUCAUGUCCCAAUACAUGCCCUUGGACAACCAACAUUCCCACGAAGUUAACCAAGCUGAAGGGCGACCGCUACGUGGAGGAUCCACAGUUGUAUAAUAGGAGUAUAAUUUGCACGUAUGGCGAAAGCUGUGGCAUACGCAAAUGGCAAACGGUUGAAUGCCUUUUACAUAUUACACAGAGCAAUGCAUGCUCAGGGUCGGGGUUCGGUUUCUUUCCUUAUAGUAGGAACUCAGAGAACUAUCUAAAUACAGGAACUUCUUUGGAGAAACCGUGCAGCGCUUUUGUAGAUAUGGAACUAUUUAGACGUAAAUAUUGGUGGAAAGGGUCCAUUUAGUGGUCAUACACAAAUAAGACAUGGAAAGGAAGACUAUAUAGAUAAAACAGAAAGAGUUGCAAAAGGAGUCAUCUAGCAAUGUCGAGCAGGCGUUGGAAUAAAAAACUUGUUUAUGCUGUCGAAGGUUGUGUACAUAUUGAGGUUGUGAAUAUCACAAGACGUUAUUGUGAGCCCUAUAAUGCCUGUGCCAACAUAAAAUAAGUGGCAUUUGUAUGUUAUCCCACGCAAACUGGAUUUGCAUUCGAUGUUUUUUUCCGAAUGGCUCGGGUUGUUUCCGAGAAGGAAUGCAAAUAAGUUGCAAAAUUAGGAGUGCAUUCUUCUGCUGUGGCCAUUAAUAAGCUUGCCGUCUUCUUCUUCUACUUUAAAAUGGACAUGUGAACCUCUUUAAUAAAAGGCCAGAGCAUCCUGUUUA